GGCACUGGGCUAGAAUUCAAACGUGUGCCGCCUCAUUCUUGAGUUUCCGCGUGUUGUGUCGCAGCGUGCAAAUUUCAAAUCGUACGUUAAUUCGUAUAAAGUGCGUGUUCGAAAUUAGUGAUUGUACAAGUUAACAAUUUAUAGUGAAUAAAAAUGUUAACUAAACGCAAAAACAACAAGUAUAUUCAUAAUUAUAAUUUUCCACUUACAAAACUUCGAAACGUGUAUUGUAUACAGUGCAAACAUCAAUUUAUUUUUCAAGAAUUUGUACCUUUACGUGGUGUUAUUCCUUUAUUGUUAGAUUGUGGACAUACAAUAUGUGACAAGUGUAUGAAAUUAUUUGUUAAUAAACCUUGUCCUCUAUGUAAUGUAGUUUCACAAUGCGAGGAUGAUCAUAUACUUUCAUUACCUUUACAUAUAUAUACAUUAGGAUUAAUGGUCAUGUCGCAUAAUCGACCAAUUAUUACCGAUGAUUUAGAUAUUUCUUUUUCUAAAUUAUCUACUUCUAAAACAAAGCAACAAUGCAUAAAAGGAUUAUGUUAUGAAUGUGGAAUUCAAGCAACUUUAAAAUGUCUACAAUGUGUUGUUCUUUUUUGCAAUAUUUGUUAUACAAAGAUUCAUGGGAAAGCACUACAAAAUCAUACAAAUAUAAUAUUAACAGAAGAGAGUAAUGAAAAUUCUUUUACCAUAAGAAAUACGUGUUCAGAACGGUGUAACGAACCAGUAGGAUAUUAUUGCCAAAAUUGUGAUAUAUCAGGCUGUUCACAUUGUAUGUUACGAUCGCACAAAACACAUAUUUAUCAACCAUUACUUAAGAAGAAUGAAGAAAUGUUGGAAGAAUUCUAUAAAGUGUUUGAUGACGUGUCCGAGAACUUCAAGAGAGUUCAACAGGCGCAAAAGAAAUUGAAAAAUAUAUCCUACUCUUCGAUAGGAACCAAAAAUUCCGAUAUUGUGGAGGGAACUGUCACUCAACAUUUCACUUAUCUACACGGUAUCCUUCAAAGUGCAGAGAAACAAAUUAUCGAUUCAUUGCGGGCGCAUAAAAAUUCCCGAAAUAAAAAUAUUGACGAAAUUUCCACGCAAUUGAAAGAACACGAGGAACGGCUGCAGUCUGCCAUUGUGGUAACUACAGCAAUUACAGAAAGUCUUGAUAAAAUAGAUCUUCAACAGAUUAUACAAAAACUAAAGCCCCUGACCGAUAUUCCUUGCCAUUUGAUACAAAAUAAUGUGCCAGACGACCAAGAGAUAAAACUUCACAUCGACGAUAACAUUAUCGAGGCUAUAAAGAAACACUGCAGCGUACAAAUACCGGAAACGACAAUUUUCAGUUUGGAACGAAAAAACUCCCUACCAGAAGAUUAUGUAAUAGAACCUUUGAUUGAAGAGACCAGCAUUUCGAAAAAUAAGGACAAAUCCACGAAGAAUAAGACUAAAGCGACCCAUCCUCCUAAAAAAAAAGAUAAUGUUCUUACUGUCGGAUCCUCAGAGAUGAUCCGCAUCACUCAUGUUGAGGAUCCUUCUUGCUUUUAUGUUCAGUUAAUACAAAAUCAGCACAAAAUAACAGAACUUAGUAAGGGGUUAGCUGUAUUGGCUAACACUACCGGAACAAUACCAACAGAAAUUACUUUAAAUGCAUUGUAUAUUGCGCAAUAUUCGAAGAAUAAGAUUUGGUACCGUGCACGUAUCACAGAUAAGAAAACGAUUUCGGACGACGAUGAAAGAUACAGUUUGCUAUUCAUCGAUUAUGGUAUGAAAGAAGAUAAUGUACCUUUGAUCAGAAUAAGAAACAUCAUGCCACAAUUUGCAAUGCUACCAGUAAUGGCUCUAAGAUGCACACUGUUCGAUAUUGUUCCUAACAAUGGUAGAUGGCAUCCAGAUGCAACUCGAGCAUUUAAAAAACUUGUUUGCACAAAUUCAAUGGUUUCGAUGUGCAUUCAGAUGAUAACAGGCGAUACAUAUUAUGUCGAUCUAUGCGCAAUAUCAUCAAAAGACUCAGGUUUAAUAUCCAUCAAAGAUUCGUUAACGUAUAUGAAAUACGCAACUUGUAUUUCACCAAACAGAUUAAUGAGAAUAAAUCCUGAUUCAACAAGAAAAUAUUAUAAAGAACAAUUAGAAAUGGAAAUUUAUACGGAUGUUCAAGUUUUAUUUGUUGAAUCUCCAAAUGCUAUAUAUGUUCAAAAAGCACAUGGAAAUAGAUCAUACUUCCAUAAAUUGAUACAAGAAAUAACAGACAAUUAUGAAAAAGAUAUGUCUGAGGAAUAUAUCGCUACACCUUGUAAAGAUCUACCGUGUGCUGCGCCUGGAGUUGAUGGUUUUUGGCAUAGAGGAUUAAUAUGCGAAGUUACCGAAAAUACGGUGCAGGUUUUCUACGUGGAUUUAGGAUAUACAUUAAUAUUAAGUUACGAUGCUAUCAAACCACUACCUAAGAAAUACAUGAGUUGUAAAACACAAGCUAUAAAAGUUUCAUUGAGAAAUGUAAAGCCUGAUGAUAAAAACCAAUGGGAAUCGGAAACGACAGAAUUUAUAAAAAAAUAUCUAAUGGAUAGAAAAAAAUUCAGAGUUAUUCCUUUUAACAAGAUCGGAGAUACGUAUGAUGUUAUUAUGUAUACAUAUGAUAAAAUUAAUGUCGCUAAUCUAUUAAUAAAAAAAAAUGAUAUAACAUUAUAUUCUAAUUCGAGUUCACUCAGUACAAGUAUGAGUAAAAAAUCUGAAAGUAAAAAAAAUAAAUUUAGAAAAAGUGCUAGUUGUACAGAAUUACCAGGUGAACUUUAUGAUGAUCCGAUAAAUUUAAACACAAAAACCAAAAAUGUAGACGAAAAUGAAGAUCCUUUCAAAGUAUGUGUUUUAAUACACCAAGUAUUAUCUCCGGACAGUAUUUACGUUUCUGAUGCCACUUGUGAUCAAAGUGAUGUAGAAAAAAUGAUGAAACAAAUGCAAGAAUUUUAUAACAAGUAUCGUCCCGCGAAACGAGACAUUUGGAACAAGGAUUCUGCUUGUGCAGUUUAUUUUGCAAGGAGUGACAUGUAUUAUCGUGGUAAAAUCAUUGAUAUAAAAAUCGACAAUAAAGUAGUCGUAUUUUUAUAUGACAUAGGAAUCGAAGAAACUGUCUCAAUUAAUGAUAUACAAUCAUUGUAUCCAUGGUUUUCUAAAAUACCAACAUACGUUUUUAAAAUAAAGCUGACAGGUAUAUUGCCGUGCGGAGGAUCCUCUACGUGGCCAUCAUUAUCUUGUGAGAAAUUGCACGAAAUUAUAAACAACAAUCAGAAUUCUAAGUUUUACAUAUCUAAAUUGGAAGAAGAAGAAACAGAAGACUCCGCGAUACCAGUUGAAUUAUGGAUUAAACAAGUAAAAAUGGAUGGACCAUUAGCACCGACAAGAUACGAAAUUAAUUCUGUCAAUAGAAUGUUAGUCGAAGAUGGAGUAGCCUUGCCUGUAAAAGAAUAUGCAAAAAAAAGAGAUAAAAUUUUAGCAAUUGAAUUAAAACGACAAUUAGUAAAAAAAUUAGAAAGAUUAACGAAAUAUGAGUCAAAUGUGAAAUGGUUUCAAAUUAAUGAUGACAUUUGCGAUCCCAUUACUGAUAAAAUGAUAUGGGACACAGUAUUACAUUAUUCAGAUUCUGACUCUGAUAGUCAAAAUUGUACUAAUAUGGAAAAAAUACUUGAUAAUAUUCCCUCGCUUCCAAAAUUAUCAUCUUGGUUACCGGUAAAAACAAUAGAAGAAGAUACAUUUAUUGCUAUACCGACAUACAUCGAUAAUAAUGGCUUCUUGUAUCUUCAUUCUAAAACACAAAAUGUUAAAAUAUUACAAUAUAUAGAAUUAAAAUUAGAAAAACUAUAUAAAAAUUGUCCAAUUGAAUCUUGUGAUACUGUAUGGGCUGUAGGAGAUUUAUGCAUUGCACAAUAUCAUGCAAAUAAAAAAUGGUAUCGAGGAAAAGUAGUAGAAAUUCGAGAAAAUAAUAUAAUUAAUGUGGAAUUUAUAGAUUAUGGAAACAUUGAAGAAUGUACAAUUGGAAUUAAAAAAAAAGUUAUUUUAGAAGAUAUACCAAUUCAAUGCACAAAAUGUGUAAUUUAUGGUUUAAAUCCAGGAAAUGGAACAUGGAUGACAGAAGAUUUAGAUAGAAUACAUAGUCUUCUCAUUGAACAAGAAUGUGAAGUGACAGUCUUAAAUAAAACUAAAACACAUUUCAUUAUUUCUUUAACCAUAUUGCCAAACAGACAAUGUAAUGAAAAAAGUGAUUUAAUUGCAUUUCUUAUCAAUAAAUGGAAUAUGAAUAUUAAUCCCAAUAUUGAAAUUACCAUAUCCGAAAAUAGUAUAUUUACAAUUAUUACCUCAGAUAUAAUUACGGAAAACUCAAGAUCGCUUUGUUCAGAUGAUGAUAUAAUAAAAGAUCCAAUUAUUAGAGGAAAUUCUGUAUUACUUCCACUUACAAAUGUUGUAAAUGAAAAUGAAAACGAUACUAUUACAGACGUUGAAAAUAUAUCAUUACGUAAAUUAAAAAAUGAAAUAAUUACUUCAACUCCUAACAUUGUUUCUGAAGAAAAUCUUGCAAUGAAUUAUAAAUUUGUAAAUAUACCAAAAGAUAUAGAUUAUAUUGAAAUAGAAUUAUGUUGUAGUAUCAGUCCUACUAAAUUUUACGCUCAAUUAAAAGAAAAUUCCCAUUCUAUAACUUUAAAUGAAUAUUAUACACAAUAUAAACUUUUAAUGAAUGAUUUACAAGAAAAUGCUUACAAACAACCUUUGAUUACAAACUUUAUACCUAAUACGCCAUGUUGUGCAAAAUUCAAUGAUGAUCUUUGGUAUCGAUGUUUAAUAACAGAAUCAGAACCUAUUGUAAAUUCGGAUAACAUUGUAAUUAAGCUGCUUUAUGUUGAUUAUGGUAAUGAUGAAUAUAGAAAAAUAAAUUCUCAAGAAUGUGAAUUACAUAUUUUAAAAGAAGAAUGGAUGGAUUUACCCUCUAUUGCAAUAAAAUGUAAAUUAUGGAAUAUUAAAGUUGCUUCUACAGCAGAUUACAACGAACUAGUAUCUCAAUUUCAACAAAAAAUUUAUAAUAGAAGUGUUCUAGCUAAAAUUAAAGAAAUCAAUAAAGAAUACAUGAGCGUUGAAUUAUACGAAGACGAAAAAUUUGAAAACAUCAUAUAUAAUAGUCUUAUUGAAGAAGGUUUAUUUGAAGUUAGAAAAAAUUAAAUUGACAAUCCAUAUUCUUAAAUAAUAAUACAUGUUUAUUUCUGAUAUUUAUAAUGAUAAGUUAAUAUAAAAUUAUUAAGUUUCAAUGUAAUUUUAUGUUGAAUUCAUUCUUGUGAUAUUAUUUUCUGUUUUAUUAUAUUAUUAUUAAUAUCAAAAACAAAUUUUUUUUUAAACUUGAUGCUCAUAUCGAAAUAAGUUUAUACAUUAAACUAUUACGAUUUUUAUAAAAAGUAAAAUAUUUUUACAAGAAUUUAAAUGUUUAUUAUUAUAAAAACAAGCAAAAUUAUUAAAAAUAUUAACGUUGUGCACUUUUAGCAAUCUGUUCUUUUAAUAAUAAAAUACUUUGCCUUUGUUCAGGUGGUAACAUAGCAAUUUGUUCGUCCGAUAAUUGUAAUACUUGCAUUAUUAAAGCCGCCUAAAAUGAAAUUAAUAAUUAUUUUCAUGUUUAGUUAUUUUCUAUGUAUCUAAGAAUAAUAUGAAAUUUUAUAUAUUUUUAUAUAAAUUUGACUGAUAUUUA